AUGAAAAAGAAUAGAGUAAGAAUUCCUAAGUCUUGCUCAGUUUGCCGGGUGAAAAAGAUCAAAUGUGAUAGGAAAACACCUUUUUGUGGGAGCUGUUCCGAGAAUAAUACAGGUCAUUUAUGUAAAUACGAUCAAACGGCAUGGUUGAUGGAAGGUCCCCCUGAAAGUAAAUCUACAGCUAGCUUACAAAAAGAAAUAUUUAAAUUGAGAUCGAGAAUUACUACGCUUGAAGCAAGGAUAGAGAAACAACUGAUGGGUUUGGGCUCCCAGCUGCUGACUUUCUCUACCAGUAACUCGCCUCCAUUGCUCGAAAGCAACGAACAAGGGAGUAAAAAACAAACAGAAGACAUGAUAUUGAACACGGAUCAGAAAUCGGUUAAUAUGAGCGUCAAGCAUUUGAGAAUGUGUUAUUUUGGAUCCACAUCGACUACGUUUCUUAUGAUGAACGAUAAAUAUACACCGGAAUUAUUUGCAGAUUACAUGUCGGAUCAAUUAAAGAAGUUCAAAUUAAAAAAUACAUUUCUUGAAAUCCAAGAUGAUCGAAUAUUCAAUGAGGAUCCCGCCCCUGACAUCUGUGGACAAACAGACGCUCUGAUUGAGGAUUUUCCAGAGCUCCCGUCGCUCAGGAUUGUCAAUGCAUUGGUGCAAAGAUUUUUCAAAGUGUGUUACAAAUUUGCGCCAUUCUUUGAUGAGAAGAUAUUUAUGAAUGAGAUAUGUCUUAUCUUUAAGAAGAAGAAACAUAUUUCACAAGAGGACAUAAAUUAUAAGAGAAGUACAAUCUCCAUUCUUUUAACUAUGCUAAGGUUUGCCUACCUCACAUUACCAUUAAAGGAGCACCAUAAUAAUUCGUUGCUGGUAUCCGAUCGUGAAUUAGUGCUGGAUAUCUUGAGGUGCAAUGUGGAUAUUUCGUCUUCCUAUAUUGAAUACUCGAAACGGCUCAUGAUCAAUCCUGGUAGUCUUGAAAAAAUUGAUUUCAGGAAAAUCCAAGCAAUUUUGUUAUUACGUGUGUACCACAUGCAAAGUCCAGAGAAUGACAAUCUAGCAGUAGACUUGAAUAUAUUAAUUUCUGUGGCCGUACAGAUGGCUAGGCUUCAUGGGCUUCAUAAAGAUCCGAUUAACCUUAAAUUGCUCGAUUUGGAUAAUAACGAUAUACACUUGUGGAGAAAAGUUUGGGCCUUGCUUGUGUAUUUCGAUUCGCUACAGGCUUUUGAUUUAGGGGUGCCCAUGCUAAUACAUGAGGAUGAGGUUGAAACUCAUCCACCGUUCACUAAUUUGGAGAGUGAGCAACUCUGGUUACCCACCGAAGAACUCAAACUAGAGAAAUUCUUUAAACUUAAUCACAUUGUCUCAGGAUUAAUCCGACGAGCAGUGCUUUUGACGCAAGCUAACCUGGGAAUAAAUAUAUUUGAAAUUGACAAGUUGAUCUCAGAGUUUGAAGACACGCUCAAUAAUAAGAUGAGAGCAUUUGAUCAGCUAUAUCCAGCUAACAUAGCCGAUAAUGUACUAGAGCUUAUGCUCCGUAUGAUGUUGAUGCGAAAACUAUUCUCCUUAGCAUAUUUGUGUUUUAUUAGUUUAGGUGAUCACGGAAAAAAGUAUUCACAUAUUGUAAUUGAAACGGGGUUGAAUAUCAUCAGAGUAGGCUAUGAAUUUGCAAAAGACCCUACUAUUGUAACGUGCUUGGAGUUUGAGACAGUAAUUGCUCCUACGAUAUGGAAUCCUGUAAAGGUUGUGUUCUUACUCAUAAGUGGGAUUUUAAUCAGAAGCUUAAAAGGAGAAGUCUCAAUAACAGAAGCAGUUAGGAGCUUCAAAUUCGACGACUCGUCCAGCACUCUAGCAUGGGUUCAAGUAUAUGGCGGAAAUGAAAAAGAAAUUCUACGUGGUCUAAUUCUGAAGUUUGAAGAAUAUCAUUUAUUGAGUACUAACCUUUCGGUACGUUAUUUUGACUGCUACCAUAUAUGUAUUACAUUAAAGUACUUCAUGAAUUAUUUGCGUAAUAACAAUGCUGAAAUUUUGCAGUCUCAAUCAGAAGCGCUUAGAAACUCCCCCAUUUUAGAAAAUGUGACAAAAUCAAGAGCGAAUAUAAACUCUGCAGCCAUCAAUGACUUUUGGAAUAAAGAUAUACAUUACGAAGCGACAUUUGACGAAUUUUUGUCGUUUUUUAAUUAUAACACCGAUCCCUUUUUGAAUGACCUUUAA